ACAUACAUGAAGCACCUGGAUAAUUAUUAAUUACUCUGCCAGCGCAAUUCUGUUUCAUCGAAACUUUUUUGUUAGUAAAAAUAUUAAAUAAAAUUUCAAUUUGCAUGUCAUAAUGUCAUCGCUUGGAAUUUUGGGAAAUUUCAUUCAUGGGACAUGUGAAGAAAUGUGCCCCAGGUCUGAGCUCGAGUUCCGCCAAAGACAGAGACUCCUGCAUCCACUUGAAAUGAAAGCUGGCACGAUACAUCAUAAACCUCCGCUAGCUGACCCUUUGAAGACGGUGAAAGAAUACAGCCGGUCAGCUGCUGGUGUCAAAGCCGAAAAUGCUGAUCAGCUCCGACCUCUGCCUGUUCUUGAAAGGACAACGAUCUAUUUAAUUAGGCUAGCCAUGGAAGAACAGGGUCUGUGUGGAAAUUGGUCAACAAUCUAUGAUUUUGUAACUGACAGAUUGCGAGCAGUUAGAAAAGACAUCGUUAUCCAGGGCUUAAGCGGACGGGAUGUUUUGCCUAUUUUAGAAGUUAUGGUGUUGUUUCAUCUCUACGCUGGAUACAGGCUUUGUGAACUUAAAGUAUCGCAGUUUGACCCUAAACUCAACAAUGAUAUGCUGAUUGACUGUGUCAGAAGGGCACUGGAUACUUAUGAUUAUGGAUUUACAUCUCGGAACCAGCUUUUGUUAGAGUCAAUAUUUGCACUCCAUGACAUAAACCGCACUGAAGGCAUAGUCAGGCUGCUGUCUUCCAAGCCUAGGUCAAAAAUGACUGAGGAUGCCAUUCAAAUGUUCAUUUUGUACAGUAGUAACAAUUAUGCAAGGCUGUUUCGUUCUUUUCAAGAUUUGCCCGCACCACUUGCCUGUGCAAUGGCUCAGCAUUUGCCGUCAGUCAGAAGGAAUGCUUUUAAUGCUAUGAGCGUGGCAUACAGCAGCAAAAUACUUAAGGUGCCGGUGCAGUGGCUGUCUUCUUCGUUACUCCUGAGCUGCGAAGAUGUUCGUGCCGAAGCAAAAAACUAUGGAGUCAAGCAAGAAGCAGAUUUUUUACAAUUUUCAAAAGGGAAUUUUAAUUCGGACUCCAAACCGGUGCCUUGUACAAGACUGAAGGAAUUGGAAAUUGAAUCAAAAAUGCAAGUAUUUAUAAAAGAAUUCCUGGUUCUAAACUUUGACUUACGGAAAUAAAAUUAGCAUAUACACUUUUUAUUAAA